AUGGCGCCGCCUGCCAAGCGCCGCAAGAGGAACGUCGUCGAUUCGGACGACGAGGAGUACGAGGCCCACCAGACGCGCAAGAACAGCCUAAAGAACUUUUUCCUGUCGUCCCCAGACCCCAAGGGCGCCGCCAGUCACAACAACAACAACUCGAGCGACGUCAAUGUCUCCCCGAGCCCCGUCCGCAAGUCCACCCGCUCGACCGUCGCUGGCAAAGCCGCCGCCGCUGCCAAUGGCCCCGGCGUCUCCAAGUUCCCAGCGCGUCUCGCUGCCAGCAGGAACUCGACCAAGAGCCCGAGCACCAGCCCGGAGAAGAAGAGGGGUGGCAAGUUAGACGAGAAGGGCAAGUCUGGCGAUUUGCUGGCCUUGUUCUCCAAGCAGGCCCAGAAGGCGCUGGCGGAGGGCAAGACGAACGGCAAGAAGGCUGCCGAGGCACCGGCCCUGGACGACAUCAUCAGCGAUCCCAUCUCCGAGGAAGAUGACGUUGGCGUGUCCAAAGCUUCGGCCUCGAGCUUCGUAGGCAAGAACGCACAGAAGCGGUCUAACGGCACCCAGCUCGGGACCACCUCGCUGUCUUCUUCGUCGUCUGGACUCCCGGCGUCGAGCCAACGGUUCCUCAAACCGCCGGGGCGGACCCCGACGACGUCGGCCCCGCAAGACGAAGACCUGCGACCCUGGUCGGAACGAUUCGGGCCCGCCAACCUAGACGAGCUCGCCGUGCACAAGAAGAAGGUUGCUGACGUGCGGAAAUGGCUGGAGGAUGUCAUGGGUGGGAGGAUGCGGCAGAGACUGCUUGUGCUGAAGGGUGCUGCGGGAACCGGAAAGACUACGACGGUGCAGCUGCUGGCCAAGGACAUGGGCUGCGAGAUCCUGGAGUGGAGGAAUCCCGCUGGCUCACUGGGUGCCACGCAAGGAUAUGCGUCCGCUUCGGCUCAGUUCGAAGAGUUUAUGGGCAGGGGAGGGAAGUUUGGACAGCUGGACUUCGACACCGACCCGGACUAUGCAAAUGGCAGCACAUCAAACGGCUCGUCAACUCAUGAUGACAGUGCUCACGACCCCGCCAAGCCAAAGAUCAUCACCAUCGAAGAAUUUCCAAACACUUUUAUGAGAUCGUCGAGUGGCCUCACGUCUUUCCGAAAAACGAUCUUGCAAUAUCUUGCACUCAAUACGCCCUCUCUUGCAGCCUUCGUCCGCCAGCGGCCUGCCGAGGCUAUCACACCCGUGGUGAUGAUCAUCUCGGAAACGCUCCUGACUACUACCUCAGCCUCGGCGGAUAGCUUUACGGCGCAUCGGCUCUUGGGCCCUGACAUACUGAGGCACGCGGGGACGACCGUUAUAGAAUUCAACGCCAUCGCUCCGACCUUGCUGGCGAAGGCUCUAGAGCUGGUUGUGCUGAAGGAAGCACGCAAGUCUGGCCGGAGACGUACACCUGGCCCGCAGGUCCUUAGGAGACUGGGCGAGAUUGGCGAUAUCAGAAAUGCCGUAUCUUCACUCGAAUUCCUCUGCGUCAAGGGUGACGAUGAGGCAGAUUGGGGUGCAAAGGUCGCAUUCACGAAAGGCAAGAAAGGCCCCAAAGAUGCUGCGUUAACUAAAGGCGAGCGGGAGAGUCUGGAGCUCGUGUCUCAGCGAGAGGCGAGCCUGGGCAUCUUCCAUGCCGUGGGCAAGGUGGUGUACAACAAGCGUGACGAACUCCCUUAUCCUGCUGGCUCCGAAGAGGCCCUGGCAGAGACGCUUCCGGAUUAUAUAUCGCAUCUAUCGCGACCAAAGAGGUCGCAGGUGGCAGUGGACACCUUGAUCGACGAGACGGGGACUGACACGCAUACUUUUAUAUCUGCCCUUCACGAGAAUUACGCCUUGUCAUGCGAGCGAACUGGACCUAGAGACCCACAAUCCUCGCUGGACUACAUCAACGGCUGUAUCGAGUACCUCUCCGAGAGCGACCUGCUCUGUCCGUCAUGGGAUAUCUUCUUUGGCGGCAAGGGCUUCGGUCCUAACUUUGGGCGAGAUUCUGGCAGCCACGUGCUCAGGCAAGAUGAGAUGGCAUUCCAGACGGCAGUCCGCGGUUUGCUGUUUUCUCUUCCUUCCCCCGUCAAGCGCCAGUCUACCGGCUCGGCCCGAGGAGGGGACCAGUUCAAGAUGUUUUACCCGACGAGCAUCAAGCUUUGGCGGACCAAGGAGGAGCUGGAGAGCCUGAUCGACGUAUGGUCUUCCAAGAUGCUGAACGGAGAGCUCAUGCAGAGCGCGACGCAGACUACGAUUCAAGAUCUCACGAGCGGUGCGUCGCUCUUCAGAAAGAACAAAACAGGUGACGACCGCAAUGAUGCCAGGAAGCCCGGCAUCGGUGGGCCCGGGCCCGUCCAAGAAAAGCCCGAGGCUGCAGACUCCGCCGCCCCCAUUUUGAUCUCCUUGGGCAGUUCGGCACGGAAGGAGAUGGUCCUGGAACGCCUGCCUUAUAUGGCGCAGAUAGCGCGGCGGAAGAAGAUCUCGUUCCAGUCCAUGGGCAUGCGGGACCUCGAUAAAGUGGUCUCCUUCCAGGGCAUUGGCCCGCCGGCGACGGAGGACUCGUCUGACGAGGGCGACGAGGCUGCUGGUCCGGUGCCCGGGGAGGCGUGGGCGACGGACAAGCCGACCGAAGAAUCGAGCCCGCGCAAGAAGAGGGUGGGGGCUAUCAAGUCGAAAUCGAAAGAUCUCUCGGCCGAGGACGAAGAUACGAUCCCCGGCGGGCUGCAAGUGCACAAACUCGUCCUUAGUGAUGACGAUAUCGAGGACGAUUAG